GUUUCCACUGAAGGACAAAAGGAGGAGAAAGAGCGCAGAGACUCUGCCGCCUGCAACCCCAUCACACAGAGCGAUAUAGUGAAAGAGGGGAGCGUGCAUUGGGGGUGAAGACCGCUGCUCUUGCCACUGUCGCCGUAGACGCUCUUCACUGGCGCGCACACGUGUGUGUGUGUGUCUCUCUCUCUCCCUCGCGUGUGCUUCUACUGCCCACCUCCCACUGCAGAGCCGUUGACAACCUGCAGCCUCACAGCCAGAGCAGGCGAACUGCCACAACUUACUACCUCAAGACAUGGGAAAAUAAGGAAUACCACAGGAUCCACAAUAGGGGGAGGAAGGACAAACUACGGAAUCCUCUGCAAGGUACCUCUUGGAAAUUAGCCACGCAUAACACAGCAACAUUCAUCCUGUUUUUCUGACACUGAGAAGGAGAGAGAGAGAGGAAGCCAGAGAGAGAGAGAGAGAGAGAGAGAGUGAGAGUGAGAAAGAGAGAGAGUGCAAGGAGCGAAUGUUCGGCGGAUAGGGAGAGAGUUUCACCACUGCUGCGCCGCUGUUGCUGCUGCUGCUCCCCCGUCCUCCUUACCCUCCCUCCCCUUUCGGCUCCCGCAACACCACCCCCGAGCCCCCCUCCGGAGAAAUUGAUGGAUUAUUGCUAACUGUGCACACGGCAGUCCGUAGCUGCUACAGCGACAGACAAGAGAGCAGAGUGAGUUAAAAAAGCAAGAUGGAAUGACCGCAGUGUGCAUCUGUUAGCCUUUUUGGAUUCAUCAAUGCAAGGCUAUUCAGCUGAACAAGUGUCACGGGGGGGUGGACUCUGGCAAACUGAAAAAAAGAGGCUUAGUCAUCAGUGAAAGAGAAGACAAAUUUGAGAGGACUUUGGGAUUUUUUUCCCUCUCUUUUUAUUCUUUCUAUUUCUCUUUUCCUUGGGUUUAAUGUGCAUGCACUUCGGCAAUGGAGUUUUGUGAAAAUUGCUCUGUGGUAUUCAGCGUCGCCUACCAAGGACAAUCAGUGGGGGAGCUGAUAAGAGAUCUUUUCCAAGCGGACUGGAUCCAUGCACCUGCUUAGCUGACUGGGCCCUGGACCCCUCAAAACAGUUUCACUGAAUUCUCUUUGGAAUUAAUAGGGGCCAUUUUGUCAAAUCAGUUUGUGAUCCACUUUUACUUUUUGGAAAGAAACAGCUGAAAAUGUUGCAGUGAUUUUGGUGGGAAACAUGAGCGAACAGCUUUGGGGCUUUGCUUCACUGUAAAGGAUUAUAUUAAGGACAACUCUGAGCCAAUGAGCGCCAUCCUGCACUGUAGAUGGCAAACAGAUGCAGAGCCUUGCUCAAACCAGGGUAGGGCCACUGUUCUCCGUUCCCCAGCCGAAUCCCCAUGCGAUGUUGAAUUAUGAACGCGCCACAUCAUGAGUCUCUUGUGGCAGGUAACUGUGCACCGUGCCUGGAACGCAGCCCUGCUCUGUGCAGUCUACCUCAUGGUGCAAUCGUGGAGUGUGUGUGCCGCCCCCUCCGGACCACUGACCUGCCCUGCUGUUUGCUCCUGCGGUAGCCAGUUCGUUAAGGUGGUGUGCACCAGGCGUGGCCUGGUCCGAGUGCCCCCAGGCAUCCCUGCCACCACACGCCAUUUAAACCUGAUGGAGAACAGCAUAGAGACCAUUGAAGCCGGCACCUUUCAACAUCUCCGCCACCUGGAGGUGCUUCAGCUGGGUAGGAACUCUAUUCGGCAGAUUGAGGUGGGGGCCUUUAGUGGCCUCAACAGCCUCAACACACUGGAGUUGUUCGACAACCGGUUGACAGUGAUACCGAGUGGUGCUUUUGAGUACUUGUCUAAACUAAGAGAAUUAUGGCUCAGGAACAACCCCAUUGAAAGCAUACCAUCCUACGCGUUUAACCGCGUUCCCUCUCUCAUGCGCCUGGACCUGGGAGAGCUAAAGAAGCUGGAGUAUAUUUCCGAGGGUGCUUUUGAGGGAUUGUACAACUUGAAAUACCUAAACCUUGGAAUGUGUAACCUGCGGGAGAUGCCAGUCCUGACCCCUUUGGUGGGGCUGGAGGAGCUGGAGAUGUCAGAGAACUACUUCCCAGAAAUAAAACCUGGAUCCUUCAGGGGUAUGAAAUUCCUGAAAAAGCUGUGGAUUAUGAACUCCAGGAUCACCACUAUAGAAAGAAAUGCAUUUGAUGAUGUCACAGCCUUGGUUGAGCUUAACCUGGCCCAUAAUAACCUUAGCUCUUUACCCCAUGACCUUUUUGCGCCCUUGAGUUAUCUGGUGGAGCUCCAUUUGCACCACAACCCUUGGCAUUGUGAUUGUGAUGUUGUGUGGCUGGCCUGGUGGCUGAGGGAGUACAUUCCCACCAACUCCACCUGUUGCGGUCGCUGCCACACCCCUGCUUACUUACGUGGACGCUACUUGGUGGAGGUAGACCAGAGCACUUUUCAGUGCUCGGCACCUUUCAUUCUGGAUGCCCCGAGGGAUCUUAACAUCUCUGCCGAACGUGUAGCUGAGCUAAAAUGUCGUACGGCGCCCAUGUCGUCAGUACGAUGGCUCCUGCCCAACGGAACAGUUUUGACCCAUGGUUCUAAUCACCCACGGAUAUCAGUGCUCAAGGAUGGGACACUAAACUUCUCCAAUGUACUGCCAGUGGAUACAGGUGUGUACACCUGCAUGGUGACCAACAUGGCUGGAAACUCCAAUGCCUCGGCCUUUCUGAAUGUGACGGCGGCUGAGCUCAACACUUCCAACAUGAGUUACUUUACUACGGUGACUGUGGAGGAGGUGGAGCCAACCUCACAGGAAGUGAUAAAGCCAAAGACGGUAACCGCCUCCCCCUCCGUCUUUCAGCCUGUUUUUAUCUCCACGCCGACCGUUUUACUUCAAACACCCCGACAGGUGUCCGUGCCAACCGUACGUGGAACAAUACGCCCACCUGCCAGUCUCGACGAAGUAAUGAAGACGACCAAGAUCAUCAUUGGCUGCUUUGUGGCAGUCACUCUACUCGCUGCCAUUAUGCUAAUUGCUUUCUACAAGUUGCGCAAACGGCACCAGCAAAGGAGCACGGUGGCAGCUGCUAGGACUAUAGAGGUCAUUCAGAUGGAGGAGAACGUCCCUACCAACCAUGCAGGGACCAGUAUACCAGGUGAAAGUGGGAUGAUGUUGCCUAGCCUGAGAGAUCACAACAGCACCUUCAAACCCAGUUACAGCUCCUACAGAUCAGCACACUCUGCUCCAUGGGCAGAGAACAACAUUGGUAACUCCCUGCACCGUCCCCGCCCCACAACCAUCAGCACCAUCCCUGAACCCUACCUUAUUCAAACUCACACAAAGGAGAAGGUACAGGAAACACAGAUUUGACAUUCUGACAGCCUCCUCGGUCUUUUAUUCUGUUCCUCAUGAAAACAUGCAAUAGAAUGCACAACAGAAAAGACAGCAAUUACUUUUGUACCCAGUGCAAAAAUAAGACUGUUUUUCUUGUACAUGCUUCUACAUAAAUAUAUUAAUAAAAUAUAUAAAUUAAUACA